CCGCUCUUUGAAAUUCUUUAGGGAGCCUCCCAAUUGAAUGAUAUUCCCUACUCCCAGUCAUAUUUAAUUAAUGGCAGUGACGAGUUCAACCCACAAGGUGAAUUUCGGUGACCCUAGAAAGUUUGUGACUACGUUUAAAUCUAAAUGCAAAGAAACCCUCUUCCCAGAUGAUCCAUUCGCACAGUUUAAAAAUGAAAAACCAAGUCUCAGAGCCAGGAAAGCUCUACAGUACUUCAUUCCAAUCUUCGAAUGGAUAUCUACAUAUGAUUUCAAAAUGUUCAGGUAUGAUGUCCUCGCCGGCAUUACCAUUACCAGCCUUGCCAUCCCUCAAGGGAUCAGCUACGCGAAACUCGCCGACCUUCCUCCGAUCAUCGGCCUCUAUUCGAGCUUUGUUCCGCCCCUUAUAUAUGCCAUUUUCGGGAGCUCAAAGCACCUUGCAGUGGGAACGGUAGCAGCAUGCUCGCUGCUUAUAUCUGAAACAAUUGAACGAAAGGUAACAGCUAAAGAUGAUCCUACCUUGUACCUUCACUUGGUUUUCACAGCAACCUUCUUCACGGGCAUUUUGCAGACAGCUUUAGGUUUCCUAAGGCUUGGGAUCAUAGUAGAUUUCUUAUCACAUUCCACCAUCACUGGUUUCAUGGGAGGCACUGCUAUAAUUAUCUGCUUGCAGCAAUUGAAAGGCCUCCUUGGCAUGAAAACUUUUACUCAUAAGACCGAUGUGAUUAGCGUCUUGCAUGCAGUCUUCAAAUAUAGAAAGGAGUGGAAGUGGGAGUGCGCUGUUGUAGGUAUAAUCUUCCUAGCUUUCCUCCAAUUCACAAGGUUCCUGAGGCAAAGAAAUCCAAAACUAUUUUGGGUAUCAGCAAUCGCUCCUAUUAUCACUGUCAUAGUUGGCUGUCUUUUCGCUUAUUUGGCAAAGGCCGAGAGUUUUGGAAUCCAAAUUGUGGGUAAUCUGAAAAGAGGGUUGAAUCCUUCUUCCCUUCACUUGUUAAACUUUGACCCUGAGUAUCUGCCCUUUACUUUGAAAGCUGGGAUCAUUACAGGGUUUGUGGCCUUGGCGGAAGGAAUAGCAAUAGGAAGAAGCUUUGCCAUUAUGAAAAAUGAGCAAAUUGAUGGGAAUAAGGAGAUGGUAGCUUUCGGUCUCAUGAACAUUAUUGGUUCGUUCACUUCAUGCUACUUGACGACUGGACCAUUUUCGAAGACGGCUGUGAAUUUCAAUUCGGGCUGUAAGACUGCAAUGUCAAACAUUGUAAUGGCAAUAUUCAUGAUGCUUGUACUCCUGUUCUUGGCUCCUGUCUUUAGUUAUACUCCUCUUGUUGCUCUUUCCGCCAUUAUCAUGUCCGCAAUGCUUGGACUUAUUGACUAUGAUGAGGCUAUUCACCUUUUUAAAGUUGACAAGCUAGAUUUCUGCAUUUGCAUGGUUUGCUUCUUUGGUGUCACCUUUAUAUCCAUGGAUGUUGGCCUCAUGCUAUCCGUCGGGCUAGCUCUUCUCAGGGCACUUUUAUAUGUGGCUAGGCCAGCUACUUGCAAGCUUGGAAAAAUUCCAGACUCGGAACUAUACAGAGACACUGAGCAGUAUCCUGGUUCAAUCCUGAUUUCAGGGAUCCUAGUUCUACAAUUGGGUUCCCCUAUUUACUUUGCAAACUGCAAUUACUUAAGAGAGAGGAUUUUGAGAUGGAUUCGGGACGAAGAGAAACUGUCUGAUUCAGGAUCGAAUACCAUUGAGCAUGUGUUGCUAGAUUUGUCAGGAGUUUCGUCCAUAGACAUGACAGGCAUUUCAUCCCUCUCUGAAAUAAACAGAAUUCUUGAAGCAAAGCGUAUAAAGAUUUCGCUAAUAAAUCCAAGGAUUGAUGUAAUGGAAAAAAUGAUAUUGUCAAAGUUCACAGACAUCAUUGGGAAAGAACGUUUUUUCUUGUCUAUUGAAGAUGCAGUUGAGGCAUGUCGGUUUUCACUUCAAAGAGAUCAGAAACCGGACCCAUUACCGGAUAUAUCUGCUGCUAGUUAAGGGUUAGUGUUGUGGUAGUGAUAGUGGUGAAUAAAUGGAUCAGGCCAGGUGUUGCCCAUAGCCCUGGAAUUAGAGGUCCAAUUUAUUAGGAUAUUGUAAAGAGUAAUAAAAUACUGGAGUUGCAUAUAAUUUCAACGUCUAGGACUUCAGCAAGUAAGUUUGGUGUUUAUGUACCUAGUUAGGCCCAAAUAGCAUAGUUUUUGGUGCAAACUCGUUUGUGAUCUGCACCAAAACUCUUCCAUCCUGGGUCACUAUUUUGUUUUGCAAUAAAUAAAAUACUGUUAGAAAGUUUUGAUCA